UAAUCUUUUAAAUUUCGUGAUUUCUUCCAGAAGAAAAAAGAAUAGGAAACCCAAAAAAUUGUAUCGCAAAUCGGAAAUCGGAAUUGGAAGGGAGAAGGGAUCUAUCGUCGUCAUGGCAUCGUCAAGCGACCCCUCCAAAACUGUGAUGGAGAGGAAGAAGAAAGGAGCACCGAUCAAAUUCUUGGUGCCUCUCAUAUACGCGCCUGUUCUUCCUCUGAUUCGUCUCUCUCUGAGGCAUAAGCCAGUUCUCAGGGACCGUCUCUUCGGUCUUGUCCUCGCCGGUGCUUUCGCUCAUGGCUUCUAUCUCGUAACGGACAUAUAUGAUGCAGAGAGCAAAUGAAAAACUUGGAGUUGCAGUCAUUCAUCAAGAUUCUCGUUAUUUCUCAGAUGUCUUUCAUAUAAAUAAAAUUUGCUUUUGGGGUUUGGUUGUUUUAAACCUCUGAUAUAAAUUUUGUUUCUAUCUUCUGAACCUGAAGUUGGAUUUGCCUUUUGAAUCCAUUUAGUCAUCCUUUUGUUCACCAAUUACAAUGUAUCAGCUUUUACAUUUUGAA